AUGGCUCACUUCUCCGCCGAAACGACGACCGUGCCCUUAUCAUCUAACAACAGCACUACUGCGGCCGAGAUACAUAGAUGGACUGGAAGAUACGAAGCUCAUUUGUGGGAUAACAGCUGCCGACGGGAAGGGCAGAGUAGAAAAGGAAGACAAGUUUAUUUAGGUGGAUAUGAUAAGGAAGAGAAAGCAGCGAGAGCUUAUGAUCUGGCUGCUCUAAAGUACUGGGGUCCGACCACCACUACAAAUUUUCCGGUUUCUAACUACGAGAAGGAACUUGAGGAGAUGAAGAACAUGACUAGGCAGGAGUUUGUUGCUUCUCUUCGAAGGAAAAGUAGUGGGUUCUCUAGAGGAGCCUCAAUCUAUAGAGGCGUCACAAGGCACCAUCAACAUGGUAGAUGGCAGGCAAGAAUAGGAAGGGUUGCAGGCAACAAAGACCUCUAUCUUGGCACCUUUAGUACCCAAGAGGAAGCAGCAGAGGCAUACGACAUUGCGGCCAUAAAGUUCAGAGGCCUAAACGCCGUGACCAACUUCGACAUGAGCCGCUACGACGUCAAAAGCAUCGCCAGCAGCAACCUCCCCAUCGGCGGAAUGUCCAACACCAACAAGUCGAAGAACAGCUCGUCCGACCAAUCCCUCUCUGCCGACAGCAAGACCGCCACCGUCGACGACCGAGACGGCCUCUCCUCGGCCUCCUCCACCCUCAGCUUCGCUCUCCCCGCCGCCGCAGCCAUCAAACAAGACCCCUCGGAGACUUACUGGUCCAACAUUUUCGCCUUCCAAAACCCUAGCACAUCUACCGUAGCCAAAAACCCUAGUACCCCUACCGCGACCUUUUUUCAUACUAACCCUAAUUCUUCUCUGCCUCUCAACAUGGAAUUCUCCGCAAUUACUACCACUACUACUAGUGAUCACCACAACAAUGGCGGCUUUUUCGCUUAUUCCCAUCAUCAACAACAACAACAACAACAACAUCAAAAUGGUACUAGUGCCGGUAGUAAUACUACCAAUACGGCGCCGUUUGGCAUGCCCAUUUCCGUACACAGCAACAACAACAAUAGUACGACAACUUAUGAUCAAACAUCUUCUUCUUCUGGGUAUAACAAUAGUGGGAAUAAUUGGAAUAAUAUUGGACACGCAUUUCACCAUCGUCAAUAUCAGGCUCAUCAUGCGAAGCCCAACACUCUUUUUCAGACGCCAAUCUUCGGCGUGGAAUGAGGUUUUUUUUUUUUUUUUUUUGGUUUUCUUAGCAUGUGAUUUUAAAGGAUAAUCUCAUGUGUAGUUUUUUAGUUUAAUAGUAGUAGUAAGAAGUACUAGAAGAAGACAAAAGUGUUUUUGGAGUUUUUCAUGCAAAAAGGAGACGAGAGAGAAGAUGACGAUUUAUGAAUAUGGGGAAUAUGUUUGUUUGUUGUGGUGGAACUGACAAACCAUAAUUCACUCAGGGACCAGAGAGCUGCUGACACUGUACUAAGGUUGUUCUUUUUUUUUUUCUUUUUUUUCUUUUGCCUUUUUUUUAGCCCUUUGGCC